AUGGUGUGGAGCAAACGAGCCUCCAGGACACAAGCAACAUAAUGAAUGACAAUCCAAUGAUUCCGUAAUGAAAGCGAAUUAUACACUGACCAAUGAUAUAGAGCUCGGUCGUGCGACUAAACCGCAAGUAGAUCGGGGAAACUGGCACACAGAGGACAGACAGAGAGAGAGAGAGAGAGAGAGAGAGAGAGAUAGUGGGGCCAUCCUGCAAGAGACUGGUAGCUUAUUGUCUGUCUUCUCAAUGCUGCUUUUUGGCAUUGAUUUUACAAACCGUGCCUCGCACCAGAGGAGCUUCAAUAGCCCUGAUGACCACUGAAGAAAUAGUACUCCAUUGUCAAACACAGAGAGUUCACAUCUGAACUGGGGAAACACAAACACACACACAGAGAUUGCUGCAUCCAUGAAAAAAUCUGAAGUAAGACCAUUGAAAAACCCAUCAUCAAGUGGUGCCCUGAUUAGUGUUCCUUGCAUCCUCUUUGACAAGAGUUGUGGCGUGAUUCAUCCACAUGUGUGACAGUUCAAAGGCAGCAACAACUUGCAAGCCUAAAAUCAAUAGAGCCAAGAAGUCUACAGGCAAAAACGCAAGAUCUUCCUGAGUGUGCCAAUUGGCAUCACUAGCGACCAGAAGUGUUCACGACACUCUCUAACAAUGCAGUCAGACCUCAUUUAAUUUGUGGCCGCAAGAACAGGGGGAGGGAGUUCACUGGAUGCUUAUGACAAUGUGAUGGCAGCAUGAAACGAAGGAAAUUAAACAUGGAUGGAUUGUGCCCAUGCUUUCAAAUGUCGCCCAGUGAUUGGCACUAAGAAGGGCCCAACUGUGUUAACACUAUUCAGCAUACUGGAGGGGAAAAGUAAUUAGGCGUUGGCAGCAUUGUAUUCAUUAUUAAAGCAGCAUCAAGGUGGACCAAGUGCAAUUUCAUUAAUGUAAGGAAACAUUCUAGUCCCACUGAAUAGAAGAAAUGAAAUAGGAACUUAUGUGCAGAUAUAAAAUAUUUGAAUUAAAGUAUUUAAUUGUAGACUAUUAUACUGUGGUGUAACAAACAUGUUUUAUUCUUCAUUACCGACAUGUAAUUACUGACACUAAAUUUAAAGUAGGUUGUGGUCUUUGUUCAUAUAAACAGAACACUUAAAACAGUCAAACUAUCUGAAAACAAUUCAGCAUGAAAAGGCAUUCAUAAAUUGUAACAAAGAUUUCAGUAAUGGUUUUAAUAGAAAAACAAGGGUUUUGCUAGUGAUUGGAAACAGAAAAGCAAAGGUGCUCUAGAGUUUUUUAUUAUUAAAAUAGUGAUUGUAAACCAACACUAUCACCAUGCUGCUUCCUCACUUUGAACUCUACCCUCAGAACUACUUCCCGUUUCUAAUACCACCGCUGAAGCAGUGUCUGACACCGCACCCACUCUGUGACAAUGGCCUGGAACCCGCAAACGCCACGGCGUACUGGAUGGAGAUUACUGACUAUUUCUCCUUCCUGGCUCUACCCGUGAUCUUAUCAUUUGCAUUCGUGACCGAAGUGAUCAGCAUAAUAGUGCUAUCAAAGCAGAUCCGCAUGUCGCUGGACACCUACCUACUGGGCCUGUCCAUGGCGACAAUCCUUCUCAUACUGUGCACCGUCAUCCUGGGACUACAGCAUUACACCGGCUACCAGGAGUUCCUUGUCUACAUACAGGGCUAUGUCAUCAGUUGUAGGGACUGGUUCUGGUACACGACCAUCUGGCUCAUGGUCAUGAUGAGUUUCGAGCGAGCGCUGACCGUCUCGUCGAGUCGACAGAACACUCUCUGUUCCUCGGGCCAGGCCGGGGUUGUCGUGGUGAUGGUAUUCUGCGUUGGACUCGUCAGUGCGCUGCCGCGAUUCUGGGAGUACACCGCCACGGAGGUGCGCAACCUCGCGACGAACGAAACAGUGCUGCUUGCAAUAAAGACUCACUCGACGACCACGCCAGAAUACAACACCAUGUAUUUCUGGUAUGUGAAGACGAUCACCCUGUUUCUGCCGUACCUGAUGAUGCUGGGGAUUUCAAUCACCCUCAGCUGCAAGACCCGGCGCUCAACCAUGACCCGGCAGUACAUGGCCGUCAAGCAUUCCAGCGGACUUACGCUGAACAGGAAAAUCAAAGAGGAGAUCGCUCUCUCCAAGCUGCUCAUCCUGCUCAUCAUCGUCUACGUGCUGUUCACGACUCCAUUCUGUCUUCUCGACCUCCUGUCGUACGUCCUGCCGCACUGGAUCAGCUCGGACACACGCAUAUUCGCCAGUCUACACAACCUCUUCAGUGUGUUCUUUUUCCUACACAAUGCAUUCCACCUCAUCUUGUAUUUCUGUUACAACAAACAGUUCCGACUGACCCUCUUGUCUCUUUGUUGCUGCUGUUGCUGACAUUUGAAAAAAAAUAUUCAGGUCUAAGAUCCAGAGAAGACCCAAGUUUAUUGUAGUGUUGGUCCCUUUAAGUAUUUGGGAAGCCAGAAUUAAAUGUGAUACAGCUGUAAAGGAAAAGUUUAGCUACAUUUUUUUAUGUCCAGUUAUUAAAUAAUUUAUGCCUUAAAUUUAAGUACAGCUGACAAAUAGGAAAUACUAUAUGAGUGGUCGAUAGAUACCAUUUAUGUUACGAGUUAUUUCAAAACAUAGCUAACAAGUGAAAGUGAGUUGGAUAUGUUUUUAAACAACGAGUUGUAAAAUAAAUGGUAUCUAAUGGACACAAAUGUAGUAGUGUUUUUAUAACAAACAAACCAGAUUUAAAAUACAUUUAAAUGCCUUUUAUAACAAACUCAUUUAUGACCCUUGCGCUUGUACCUAAUGUAAUGGAAUGGAAUGAAUGUUUAAUGACACCCAGCACAAAAAUACACAUUGGGUGUCACAAAUGGUAAGUAUAUGAAAUGUAGCUAAUGUAUGCAUGCAUAAGCAUCACAAAGUAAUCAGUUGUAUAUUAACUUAUAUGCCACAGAGCUAUCAAUUUCGAUUGUGUUUUUUUCAUUGGAUGGUAUGGCUGUCACGAUUGGGUCACCAUCUGGAAGCAGCCAGUUACACGUCUUUAAAAUUGAUAUAAAUAAAUAAAUAACAAACAUGUUCUCACCAACGGGUGUUACCAUUUGGACCUUUUUUGCUAGAGUUAGAUGGGUUCCAUUUUUUAAAAAUUGCCAUUUUUUUAAUGGUAAAUUUAAUCAACACCUUUGAAGAUACCUACUAUAACAGCUUAAUUAAGAGACAAUAAUGCUUUAAUAUUUCCAUAUUUUGUUACUUACUGUUCUGCAGGACAAUCAAUUUUGACAUUUAUCUUGUGUUUGAACCAGGGGCCUAAUUCACUAAACUCUCACAACUUUGCAUUCUCGCAGUGCAAUGCUAACAGACUUGCAAAGAGGAUGCUUUGUUGUCUAGCAGAGCCUAAGAGACCUUUGUGAAUGAGGCCCCAGCUGUCUUGUGGCAAUAUAAGAUUUUGAUUACCCUAAUGGUUCCUGGACGGAGGAGCCAGACAAGGCCAGCACCUGUGCCCAUGACAGGCAUAUACUGCAACAGCUUACUCUGAAUGUGCAAGUAAAACCCUAUGUCCUGACCUUACCUAAUGGUUCUGUGUAUUUAGAUUUGAUGUACGCCAAUCGGAGUGGAAAAUGUCACUUUAAUAUUGUCACGUCAUCUUAACACAAUUCUGUUACAUGUUCAUGUCAUGCAUAUUAAUUAAUAAAAAUAUAUAGU